GAUGUUAUGGACAAUAUUACCGGGCAGAACCAAUUCUAUGAGACCCAGGUCAUCAAGAAAGAGAACGAGUCAGGCUAUGAGAGGAGACCUUUGGAAAUGGAGCAGCAGCAGGCCUCUUGCCCAGUGGAAGUGAAGACAGAGAUGAAGCAGGAAGGACCCACCAGCUUCCUCCCACCUGAAGCAUCUCAGCUCAAGCCAGACAGACAGCAAUUCCAAAGUCGCAAGAGGCUUUAUGAAGAAAACCGGGGAAGGGGGUACUUCAAGCACCGAGAGGAUAGGAGGGGUCGCUCUCCUCAGCCUCCCGCCGAAGAGGAUGAAGAUGAUUUUGAUGACACUCUUGCUGCCAUCGACACCUAUAACUGUGACCUCUACUUCAAGGUGGCCGGAGACCGGAGUAGUGGCUACCCACUGGCAACUGAGGGCUUCACAUACCUGUGGUCUGGAGCCCGUGCCAGCUAUGGGGUCAGAAGGGGCCGUGUGUGCUUCGAGAUGAAGGUCAAUGAGGAAAUCUCCGUGAAACACCUUCCAUCUACGGAGCCUGACCCACACGUUGUCCGUAUCGGCUGGUCCCUUGAUUGCUGCAGCACCCAACUAGGCCAAGAGCCUUUCUCUUAUGGCUAUGGAGGCACUGGGAAGAAGUCCACCAAUAGCCGGUUUGAAAACUACGGAGACAAGUUUGCAGAGAAUGACGUGAUUGGCUGCUUUGCGGACUUCGAAUGUGGAAAUGACGUGGAACUUUCCUUUACCAAGAAGGGGAAGUGGAUGGGCAUUGCUUUCCGAAUUCAGAAGGAAGCCUUGGGGGCUCAGGCCCUCUACCCUCAUGUUCUGGUGAAGAAUUGUGCAGUGGAGUUCAACUUCGGGCAGAAGACAGAGCCCUACUGUUCUGUCCUUCCUGGCUUUACCUUCAUCCAGCACCUUCCCCUGAGUGAGCGGAUCCGGGGCUCUGUUGGACCAAAGACCAAGUCAGAGUGUGAGAUUCUGAUGAUGGUGGGCCUGCCCGCUGCGGCGAAGACCACAUGGGCCAUCAAACACGCAGCCUCCAACCCCUCCAAGAAGUACAACAUUCUGGGUACCAAAGCCAUCAUGGAUAAGAUGCGGGUGAUGGGCCUGCGCCGCCCGCGGAACUACGCCGGCCGCUGGGAUGUCCUGAUCCCGCAGGCCGCCCAGUGCCUCAGUCGCCUCAUCCAGAUCGCUGCCCGCAAGAAGCGCAACUAUAUCCUAGACCAGGCAAAUGUUCAUGGGUCAGCUCAGAGACGACAAAUGAGACCAUUUGAAGGCUUCCGGCGCAAAGCUAUUGUCAUUUGUCCCCCUGAUGAGGACGUAAAAGACCGAACAAUAAAGCGAACCGACGAGGAAGGGAAAGCUGUCCCAGAUCAUGCAGUCUUGGAAAUGAAAGCCAACUUCACGUUGCCAGACGUUGGGGACUUCCGAGAUGCGGUGCUGUUCACUGAGCGGCUGCGGGAGGAAGCAGACGAGCUGGUGAGGCAACACAACGAGGAGGGUCGCAAGGCCGGGCCACCCCCUGAAAAGCGCUUUGACAACCGAGGCGGCGGUGGCUUCCGGGGCCGGGGUGGCGGCGGCAGUUUCCAGCGCUACGACAACCGAGGUCCCCCUGGGGGCACCCGAGGAGGCUUCCAGGACCGAGGAGAAGGCAGUGGUGGAGGAAGCAACUACCAAGGAGGUUUCAACCGAAGCGGAGGUGGUGGCUACAGCCAGAACCGCUGGGGUAACAAUAGCCGGGAUAACAACAACCCCACCACCCGAGGCAGCUGCAACCGAGCUCCCCAGCAGCAACCACCCCCCCAGCAGCCGCCGCCGCCCCAGCUACAGCCGCCACCCAGCUACAGCCCUGCUCGGAACCCACCAGGGGCCGGCAGCUACAGCAGGAACAGCAGCAUCCCUGGCUCAAGUGCCAGUACCAGCACCCCCACCGUCAGCAGCUACAGCCCUCCACAGCCGAGGUACAGCCAACCACCCUACAACCAGGGAGGUUACAGCCAGGGCUAUACGGCCCCACCACCUCCACCUCCACCGCCGCCUGCCUACAACCAUGGGAGCUCCGGCGCCUACACCCCCGCUCCAUAUCCCCCGCCGCCGCCGCCGCCAGCCACAGACUACCCUCAGCCCCGCUGUAACCAGGAUCAGCAGUUUGCUCAGCAGUGGAACCAGCACUGUCGGAACCAGGGCCGGUGGCCACCAUACUCCGGGAACUACGACUGCGGGAGUUACACCGGGAACACACAGGGGGGCACGAGCAGGCAGUAG